AUGCUGUUCAUCGUGGGCGUCGUCCUCCUGGCCCUGGCCAUGGAAGGUACCAACAUAUACAGCCGUAUGGCGCUCGCCAUCCUGGGCGCGAGUGGCGCCGGCGUCAAGGCCGUCUUCACGGCGCUCAUGGCGCUUGCCUUCUGCGGCACGCUGCUCUUCGAGAACGUCCUCGCGACGCUCAUCGUGAUGCCCAUCGUCGAGUGCACCAUGGUCGAGAUCGAGAACGACGCGCUGACGAGCGCGCGGCGCCGGCGCAUGCUGCGCAGGGCCUCGGUCAUGGCGCGCCUCAUGAACCAGCCCGAGCCCGACCGGUGCAACCCGUCGCUGCCCGCGCUCAUGGCCUCGGCGCCACAGCCCGUCGGCUCGGGGGCGAUGACGCAGAUGUCUCGCCGCAGCAGUCGCGGCAGUCGCGACACCAUGUGGACACCCGAAUCGGGCCUGUCGUCCGGCUACACCAGGGGAGCGUUAGGUUACCGCAAAAGGAGCAGCGUUAUCACCCUGGACUUCGCCGCCAAGUUCGAGCAGGAGUCGCAGAAGUACCUGCUGAUCCGGCGAGUCCUGCUUCUGUCCGUCGCCUACUCGGCAACUCUUGGCGCCAUUGGUUCGGUCUUCGGCAACCCGGCGUCCCGGGUCCUGCGCACUGUGCUUGAAGAGCGCUACUCUUACGACCGGCUUACCAUUAUGUCGUGGGUCGUCAUUUGCCUGCCUAUCUCGGCCGCCGGCAUCCUGGCCUGCUGGAUGGUCGUGUUUGUGGUCUUCCUCAAGGAAUACGACUGUGAAGAGGACGAAGAGACGAAGGAGAGCAUAGCGAAGAUCCUGGAAGAAAAAUACCGCGCUCUCGGCAAUUUCAGCAAGCUGGAGUUCUUCGUCAUGACCUGCCUUCUUGGGCUUUUCGUCGUACUUCUGCUCCGCUCUACGUUUGCCACGCCGUUCGCAGUGCCAGAAGAAUUUGGCAUGUUUAGCCUUAGAGACACGACGCUCGUGUUCUUGCUGGUGCUGGUGUUCUUCGCGACGCCGCAACAGCCGUGCGAGCGCCUGUUCAGCGAAUACCUGCUCGAGUGGACCCUGGUGCAGCGGAAGGUUCCAUGGAGUGCGUUCAUCACGUACGGAGGCGGGCUGUGCGUCGCAGGCGCUAUAAAGGAGUCGGGACUACUGGCGUGGCUGUCCAACGUGCUGAUGGUGAUGAGUCACUGGCACCCGGUGUUCGUGCAGCUCGUGCUCAUGCUCCUCACCACGGUGCUGACGGAGGUCAACAACGACACCGCAGCGGCCACCGUGCUCAUACCCAUCGCCUGCGACCUCGUGAGACUGCCCCAAGUCUCGUAA